UGAUGUCUAGCAGACUCGGCCGCUGUCUCACAUAAAGUAUAAUCUGUGCUAGUCACAAAUCGGGUCGCGACCGCAGCGCACGCGCGUUACGUUUCUCUCGGCACAGACAUCGGCGCAGGCGCAGACUCCCAGACAUAACAAGUUUUGCAACAUUGACAAAAUAAGAAGCUACAAUGAAAAAAGAAGAAAAAACGACCCCGAUAUCCUAUAUAACAGGCAGUGCCACUUCCAUGAACCAUGAUGGAAGUAACGUAUCGCAAUAUGGAGUGUACCAGUCCAGUGACUACAUACUGGGGCUGCAGCUGGAGAGCAAGACGGAAAGUGAGAAGAGGAAGGAAGAGGACGACACGCACCAAGUCAAACAUCCUACCUCGUACGCGGAGACGAUACUGCACAUAUUCCGGGGCAACAUCGGCACUGGUCUGCUGGCCAUGGGAGAUGCCUUCAAGAACGGGGGCCUGGUGUUCGGAUCCAUCAUGACGGUCUUCCUGGGCAUCAUCAGCGUGCACUCACAACACUUAUUAUUAAACUGUUCCGACGAGAUGUACCGUCAGACGAAGCGGGAGAAGCCCCCCAACUUCGCGGACACCGUGGGGCUGGUGUUCGCGACCGCCUCCCCCCGCCUCCGCCCCCUCGCGCUGCCCAUGAAGAUACUAGUGAACCUGUUCCUCUGCGCCACGCAGCUCGGCUUCUGCUGCAUCUAUAUCGUGUUUAUAGCUAACAAUGUCAAGAUGAUCUGCGACCAGUACUUCAAUCUGGAGCUGUCAGUGCACAUGAUCUUUGUGGUGGUGCCCAUCCUUCUGGUGUGCAUGGUGCGGAACCUCAAGUACCUGACGCCGUUCUCCACUGUGGCCAACAUCCUCAUGUUCCUCGGAGUCAGCGUGGUGAUCUACGAGGCGGCUCAGAACCUGCCUCCCGUCCACACCAGGGCGUACAUUGCUGACUGGAGACAGCUGCCGCUUUAUUUUGGAACGGCUAUUUACGCGUUCGAAGGGAUUGGUUUGGUGCUCCCGCUAAAGAACGAGAUGAGGAACCCUGAGGUGUUCCAAAAGCCGUUCGGGGUGCUCAACGUGGGCAUGGUGAUCGUGGGCUGCAUCUUCAUCACCGUGGGCUUCCUGGGGUACCUGCAGUGGGGCGACGACGUGGCCGGCAGCCUCACGCUCAACCUGGAGCCUGGACAAAUAGUAAGCAAGCUGGUGCAAGUGGCGAUAGCCCUGGCGAUGUUGCUGACCUACCCGCUGCAGUUCUACGUGCCGGUGGACAUCACGUGGCCCUCGCUGAUGAAGCGGUUCGGCGGGAGCAACCCCGUGGCCAUGGAGCUGUUCUACAGGGUGCUGCUGGUGCUGCUCACUUUUAUCCUAGCGGAGUCGAUACCGCAACUAGGCCUGUUCAUCUCGCUGGUGGGCGCAGUCAGCAGCACAGCUCUGGCCCUCAUCUUCCCUCCCAUCAUAGAGAUGGUGAUGGCGGCCCAGAAGCCUGGCCGCGUGACCUUCUACAUGGUGGUCAAAGACCUGGUCAUCAUCACGCUAGGCAUCUUCAUAUUCGUCACAGGAACCUUCGAGAGCAUCACGUCGAUCAUUAAAGCAUUCCAACAGUGAACGUUUUGAAGGAUAAUCUGGUUAUUAGUUGCCGCUGCACGGGUUCGUUAUCGAU